AUGGAACAAUCUGAUCAAAAGCCUCUAAACCGGGAGCCUCCAACAAAGACCCUGGUUAAUCACUUCCUCACACCCCAAGAUACAAGCUACGACCGUAACCACGGCCCAAUCCCCCACAUAAACCCGGAAACCCACUCCAUCCGCGUGGACGGUCUGGUUACGAACCCGCUAUCACUUAGUAUAAACCAGCUACGUUCCGACUUCGCCCAGCACGAAGUGACCUGCGCACUUGAAUGUGCCGGUAACAGGCGACACACGAUGCGCACGCUUGUAAAAGAAGUCCAGGGAAUUGACUGGGGCGAUGCGGCGAUCAUGAAUUGUAAAUGGAAGGGACCUCGUCUUCGAGAUGUUCUUCUCCGUGCUGGAUUGUGUGUGGAUAUUGCCGAUCAACAGAGCGGUUUGCAUGUAGCAUUUGCUUCUUAUCAGGUUAAAUGUCAAGAUAACGACUGGUUUGAAGCUAGUGUUCCGCUGGAGAUGUGUUUGCCGGUGGAGAGGGAUGCUAUUCUGGCACUUGAAGUAAAUGAUACCCCACUUACAAGAAACCACGGCUCCCCCGUUCGAGUCGUUCUCCCCGGUAUCGUGGGUGUUCGAUGGGUAAAAUGGCUCGAUCGUAUCAUAAUUCAAGACCACGAGUCCCCAAACGUCUACCAGCAACGCGAUUACAAAGCCCUGCCCCCAGACGCAGUGGACAGCAAAUCUGCAGAAAAAUACUGGCAAAGUACUCCACCUAUGUACGAGAUACCGAUCAAUUCUGCUAUAGCAGUUCCCGCAGAUGGAGAGACUGUGACGUUAUCUUCGACCGGUACGGUGGAAGUAAAGGGGUAUGCCAUCCCACAUGGCGUAGACGGACCAGUAGUUCGUGUUCGGAUAUCAGGGGAUGGUGGGGAUUCGUGGGUUGAUGCGCAAUUAGAGGGCUCGGAUGAGAGUAUGAAGUGGUGUUGGGUUUUGUGGACUGCGAAUGUUAAAUUAAGCCCCGGCGUACAGAGGGAGAUUUUGAGUUGUGCUACGGAUGUAGGGUCUAAUUCGCAGGAGCGGGAGCAUUCUCGGUGGAAUCUGAGAGGGGUUGGGUAUAGUGGAUAUGGACGAGCGAGGGAUUUGACUGUCGUUGAAUGA